AUGCCAUUUAGUUGUGAAGUAGUAACGAAUGCAAUUAACAGUCUUGCGCUCGCAAUCACGGCCGUUUCCCUAGUGAUCACGUUACAGCGAGUAUAUGCAGUGGCCGGACGUAACUGGUUUUCUAUAGUAAUUGGUGCGUUGCUAGCCGUUGUGUUAUUGGUGAUCGAAACUGUCGAAGACUUCGUGAACGAAUCAACCGAGGUCAUCGUUCUAGGAUCUACGGCAAUUUGCUACACGUUCCCACAGAAUUCGUUUGCGAGCACCUCCUCAAAACUCUCCCUUCUCCAAAUGAGCCACACUCAUCGUCACUUCGUAGUAGCAACUGCCGCCCUUGUUAUUUCUCUGGUCAUGAACGUUGUAGCGGUCGGUGUCGUCUGGAGGAUGCUAUACAGAAACCUCAGCCGGAAGUGCCCUGGAGUGUUUUCACAGAGGCGAUCACUUGCGACAUUGUUGCUGAGAGACGGUACGAUUCAGUUCGUAACGCUAUUGCUGCUGAACGUCAGCGUGAGAGUAUUAUCGCUUAUUGGCCAGAAUGCCCAAUACAUUUUCUGCAAUUUGAACAAACCGCUCACUACAAUUCUUGUCUCUCGCCUUUUGCUAAAUAUCCAAGAAACGGCCCGAGCCGCGUGGAAGGGGCAAUCCGAUACUCCCUCGUUUGUGCGCUCGAACGGUGGCGUGCAGACUGAAUCGAACAUCGACAUCCCCAGCCUUGUGAUCCCUUCUGAUGCCGCAAACAGCGUCCCUGCAAUCGACCUAGAGACGGGACCUUCCAUAGCCACCGCCAACCUGGCAAACGCUGUCGCAGAUGAGGCAAUGAUUGCCGGUCCUCCGAAUCAAGACCGCCAUCGCGAAGCGCAGGAAGUCUCGGUGCCCAUGGAGGCUGGACCCUCUGGUCAAGGCCCCGAGGACGAUGUGGCGCAAGGGCGGGCAGAGGGAGAGGCCGCAGAGGAUUGGGAGGAAGAAGACGAUUGGGAGGAUGACUACUAA